UUUUUAAAAAAAUUGUUAUACAAAUAAUUGUAAUGGAAUAAGUAAAAUAUUUAAAUUUGAGAAAAAAAAACUAUGAAUAUUCAACAGGAUAUUAGUCAAGAUUCACUUACUAUUAAUAGUGAUAUCCUGAAUUUUGAUGAUGAUGAUAAUAAUAAUAAUGUUUUAAAUCAACGUUUUAAUGAUGAACAAAAUUCAGCUGAAUCACAUAAAUCGCAAUCAAAUUUGAUUCCAAACAAUGAAACAGAUCAUCGUAAUCAUACACCAUCACCAUCUAUAACACAGCAUCGUUUGAAUACAAGUAUGACAAAUAAUACAAGUCCUGUACUUAAAUCAAUUAAAAAUGUAAACAAUGUUAAUUUUGUUCAAACACGAAUUACACCAGUGGAUAAUGGUAAAAUUAAAAUGUUUGUUAAUCCGAAUUCAAUAAAAAUUCCGACCAUUAUGAAUGGAUCGAUGAACAAUAAUCAAGUAUUACCGAUUGGAAAUUCAGCCAAAAAUUUCAAUAUCAUAUGGAAAGAUAUUGUUUACAGUGUACAACAAUUUAAUCGGGCUACAUUUAAAAUGGGUACACGCCAAAUAUUGAAUGGUUUAUCUGGUCAAAUUGAUAGUGGCCAAGUUACGGCAAUAAUGGGUCCAAGUGGUGCCGGUAAAUCUACAUUUCUCGAAGUGUUAGCAUGUCGUAAAAAUAAAGGCCUAAACGGUUGUAUCAAAGUUAAAAACAUCAGUCAAAUUCGUAUAGCAUAUGUACCACAGAACAAUUGCCUUAUGGAAUUGUUAACUGUUUUCGAAACGCUUACAUUUGCUUGCCGUUUGAAUUAUUCAACGAUGCCAACUGUCAACUAUAAUCGUGUGGAAAAAUUAAUCACAGAAUUUGGUUUAAGCGAAAUUCGUGACACUAAAGUGGCUCGUUGCUCGGGCGGACAACAGAAACGAAUUUCAAUUGCAUUAGAAUUGUUUUCCAAACCGAAUUUGUUAAUUUUGGACGAACCGACAACCGGUCUAGAUUCGGCAUCGUGUUCAUUAGUGGUAAAAAUAAUUCGUGAAUUAGUUAAAAAUCCAAAAUACCCUAUGGCAAUAUUGGCCACUAUUCAUCAGCCAUCAUGGAGCGUAUUUACCGAAUUUGAUAACGUUUACAUUAUUAACAAUAAAGGAGAAAAUCUUUAUCUAGGUUCUCCACAUAGAUUGUUACCAUUGUUAGAGAAAAUCAAUCUACCCUGUCAUCGUUACAAUUCUCCACCGGAUUAUAUAAUUGAAAUAGCUGCAGGUGAUUAUGGUGAUAAACCAAUCGAAUUAAUACAGCAAGAAUUUCAAGGAUCACAAAUAAACGACGAUGAAUUGGAACAUUUGAUGACGAUAGCUGAAAGUAAAGUUAUAAGAAAAACUCCAUUAUUGAAAUCAACAUUAAUAUUAUUGGGUCGACAUUCAAUAAUAUUUCGUCGAAAUAUGAUGAUUGUAUUCUAUCGAGUGAUUGGUAUCAUAUUGCUUAGUAUUUGGCUAUCGGUUACAUUUGGUGAUACAAUCGGUAAAUCAUCUGGUUGUCCACUUAGAAAGCUUCAAUUGUAUAAUAUUCCUAUGGAAAAACUUAAUUCAAUGUUUGAAGAUGAGGUGCUUGCAAUAUUGCAAAACAAUUGCUGUCUAUUCUUUGGAUUGAUUGUUGGUCUAAUCAGCGGUAUAACGACCACCGUGUUGGGAUUUCCUAAAGAGAUGCAUACAUUAAUGAAAGAAUACAACAAUGGUUGGUAUUCAUGUAUUAGUUUCUAUAUGACCAAAACCAUACUUGACAUACCGAUGCAGCUGGUCAUUCCAACAAUUUACACGAUCUAUAUCUAUAACGCAACCGGUCAACCUUCUCAAUAUUUUCGCGAAGCUUAUCUUUUGUUGAUUACCAUAUUGGUAAGUUUUGUAGCCGAAGGUAUGGGAGCUGCAGUAUCAGCAGUUUUUAUGCGUGAUUCAACUACAGCUGCAUUUGCUGCUGGUGCUAUACCAAUGCCGAUGAUAUUGUUUGGAGGAUUUUUGGUUAAAUAUUCUCGUAUGCCAUUUUAUAUGCAAUGGGCAUCUUGGUUAUCGAUGAUGAAAUAUGCUUUUGAAGCAAUGAUAACAGCCAUAUAUGGUUUUGAACGUUGCAAAUAUAAUUAUGAUGAAUUUCUUGCCACUGUCAAUGUCAGUCAGAUUGAGAAGCCAACAUGGGCCGAAUAUUUACCACUAAUGUUAUCUACAUUGAAUCCCAACGAAACAUUUACCGAUAUGGAUGAUGAUGAGCAAGCUAUAGAAAAGCUUUAUACAUUUACAUUUAAUGCAAUAGAUAGUUCAAAUCGAGAAUUUUCAUAUGAUGUUUCUGUUAUAUUUAGCUAUUAUGAUAUUGGUGGUGAUUGGGUAUUAUAUCGAUCAUUAAUUGCAAUGAUAAUUUAUUUGAUUAUUGUCAAAAUACUAACAUAUUUUGUUAUAUUGAACAAACUUAAACGUGGUUAG